AUGGCUUGGAUGGACGCUUUGAACCGGUACCGCGAGCACCCGGAACGGUACGUUGCCCACGGCGACGGUGAUGAUGACCUGCCCGUGCUGUACUUCGACAGCGACGCUGUUGUCCUGAGGGACAUGUUCCCCAAGGCCACGGUUCACUUACUGGUGAUCCCGCGCCCUGCAGAGAUCACGUUUAGACACCCUGCGGUGGCUCUGACACGGGAGGUCCAGGACACUAUACAACUCGCGAUCCAAUGGGCAAAGAACUACACCUUUGCGCAGUUCGUGGACCAGUUCCCAGAGAGUCUCAGCUCGUACGACUUACAGAAGUUCAUCACCGAGUUCGUGCUUGUAGGGGUGCACAGCGUGCCCUCCAUGUCGAACAUGCACGUCCACGUCAUCUCAAGGGACUUCCAUUCGCCGUCGUUGAAGCACAAGAAGCACUACAACUCCUUCAACACGGCGUUCUUUGUCCCCUGGGAUCAGCUACCCUUAGAGUCACCCCCAGACAAGACACAGGCGGAAUUGACCAUCAAGAACACACCACUGAAGUGCUCGUACUGUCGCAGAGACUUCAGGAACAAGUUUAAAGCUCUAAAGGAGCAUCUCGACGAGGAGUUCCACAAUCACUUCAACAAGUCAUGA